AUGUCUGUUUGUCUUGCAGCUCUUCCACAGCCGGCAAAAGACUUCCAUAAGUCCUUCUUCCCUAGCAAGGACUUGAAGAAGCUGUUGGAUCUGCCAGUUCAGAGGCGAAGAGCUCCUUUGUUGCUCAACUACAUCCCGACUUACAAGUCGGUUCUUCCCGACAUCCCGAAGAAGAAGAGCAAGUCUCAUCCUUCCGCCACAACUCUACCAGUAACUUCAUUAUCUUGGCCAGAUCAGGGAUCAACUUACGAUCUAGCUGAGCAACCAUCAACCUCGGCUCCAUAUCUGAUCCCUUCAUCUCAAUGCAAAAGCCAACGCCGAACUGCAAUCGCUGCUAAGAUGGGUCGCAAGAAAGCAGUUGCAGAAGACCUUCUGGUCGACAUCCCCAACACUGUCAACGCUCAACCAACACAGCCAAAGCCAAAGCCCAAAAGACUGAAGAAGGCCCAGCCUAAGGCAACGAGCGAGAAGACCAUUUCAGUUGCCGAGAAGAGACCCGCCGAGGCAGAACCAUCCCAAUCAACUCGGUCGAAGAGACCGAGGUCUGAAUCGGCUAUAACCUCGGGCUCUAUGAAAUCUAAUGCCCCCUGGGCUCCUCCCAUUACAAUUGAGGACAAGCCGAUUAGAGCUAGUGACAGCGCCAAUGAUAUUGAAGUCAGCGUUGCCCUCUCUACCCCACUGCUCCUCUCCCCAGAUCUCAAUCGCAAUGCCGAGAUGAGCGAGUACGAGAACUUUGCUCUGAUGUUGCAACGCUCUGUCCAAGCCUUCGCCAUCAAGAAGGAGUUAGCAAAUAAAACCAAAGAGGCUGCAAGCUUGCAGAGGGCCCUUAACAAGGCUAAGGGCAAACGGAAAGGCUUGACAGAUCAGGCCGAGGCAGCCAAGAAAGCUCAGGACGAGGCCGAGGAAAAGGCUGACGCUGCAGAGGCCAUUACCAAGGUCCUUGCAGCUAAAAAGAAAGAGGCCAAGGGAAAGAUGAUUGAGGCCCAAAAAGAGCUUCAAGAUGCCUUGGCCACAAAAGUGGCCGAGAUCAAGGCUGCCGAUGAAAAGGCAUACGCCGAGGGGGCGGCCGACGUCAAGGAGGACUACAAAAAAUAA